UUAUUAUUUCUCCUCCCCUUAGGAUAUUUAUGGUUUCACCUAUUUUUAGGAUAUCCACUUUGUUGGUCUACAAGAUUCCAAUGGAAAAUGCACUGCCUCUCUCUAAAGCUUUUUCCAUGCUAGAAAAAGCGAAACAACUGUUCAAUCUCGAGGAAUACAGCUUUUCUUUGAACACUUUGGAACAGGUUUUCCUAGAACUUUGCAAAGAGCAAGAGCGAGAUUAUUUUGAUUUGGCUCCAAAUACAACUUUUGAUUGGAAGAAACUUCAGGAGGCUGAUCUCUAAGCCAUCAACCUGUUAAAAAAAAUGAACAGUAUUGAAACAAGCACUGAUUCCUAGAUCCGGAAGAGAGAGUAUUCUCUAGAUAAUAGGGUUUAUAAUUUGCUGCUUAGAAUGUAAACCUUUUAAGGAAAAAGCAUUGUGACUAACCCUUACAUUAGCCAUAUAGAGAGAAUGUACACUUUGGAAAAUUUCAACUAAGAAGG